AUGUCAACAGAACGUUUCGGCGCAGAGUGUGGUGCGUGGUGAAAGUUGAAAGGCAAACCAUUCGUCCGGAGGUCUGUAUCCGAAAUCUCUCGAACUCCCUCACGGAUGCUGCGGAGUUUGCGAGCUGUGACCGGCCCCUCUUAAGCUAUCUGAUACCCGGGAACCUGAUACGAUCUCCUCCCUGACCUGAUCGGAAAAUGCGGCUUACGAGAGUUCUCUUCGCGACGCCGAAACUCCCGAAGAGUUGGUCGAAUUUCCCGGAGAGAUACAUCAAGAGGUCCAUGGAAGAAAUCGAAUAUAAGACUCCUGUGGGGCGGCAAUACAGGAGAGCGGUGAUCAAACGGCCCGAUUCUGAUUUCGUGUACGGCCUGGAUCGACCGUGGACCGACGGCUUCAAGAAGUUCAACGAACCCGGGAAGCUGAACAGACCACAAAUCAUCGAGCCGGUACCAGAAUUAUUCUUCAAAGGCGACAGAGUUCAAAUCCUGGUCGGGAAAGAUAAAGGGAAACAAGGAAUCGUCAACUACAUUGUCAAAGAGCGGAAUUGGGUCUGCGUGAGCGGUUUGAACUGUAAGCACGAGAUCUCCAAGAAUUUUGAGGGGAAGAAGAUUGUUCAGGUGAUCGAGCAGCCUCUCGUCAUGUUUGAGCAGGUCGCCCUGGUCGACCCAACCGACGAGAGAGCUUGUAAGGCCCAAUGGAGGUACACGGAAAACAACGAACGGGUUCGCAUUUCGCUCCGUAGCGGGAGGGAGAUCCCUAUACCUCUGACCGCUGAGGAAACGUACGACUACAAAACCCGCAAUACCUAUAAGAAUCAACCCAAGGACACUUCAGCCGCCGACUUGGUGAAAAUUACUUUCCUGCCGAAACUAGCCACUUUCGAAAUGGACAUCAUGGAGGAACAUGGCAUCAAAGACGAUCGGAUUCCCGCGGAGUUCUACUGGUAUUAG